AGGACAUCGUACGGGACUCUAGUAGCCAAGUUUCCCUGUUGUUUAAGCUAGACUGCAUUCGAUUUUUAAAAUUUAUUUAUUUAUUUAUUUAUUUUCAAAAACUUGAUGACAUCUUGCUGUGGAGAAUUAUAUUUUUAUGUUCUACUGGCAAAGCAAUGCACGACGUGGACAGGAAGCUGUUUAACAAUUUAAUGGCUACAGCAGUGGCAUAGGUCGAGCUUUCAGCGUGGCUUUACCAACAUGUCUCACUUGGAGUGGGCUGAGUCUCAGCUCGCUGAGAUUGAGCUGCUAACUAGCAUGUUCCCCACUCUGGAGGAGAUGGAGCUCACUGACCAGCUGUCACUUGCUGAGCUCAGGGACUACGUGGAGGGCUCAGCUUCAGCAGACAGCCCUCCUCCCUCCAGACCCCAGUUUCUCAUCAAACAGAAGCUAAGCUCUGCAAGCACGGAGGAGAUGGAGUUCAUACUAUCCUGUUUUUAUCCAUCUGAAUAUCCCAGCGUGUUACCUGAAAUAACAGUCAGGUGUUCAGGUCUCAGCAGGGCUCAGCAGACGCUGCUCCAGGCACAGCUCAGUGCGUACCUCUUGGAAAACUGCCAGGGGGAAGUAUGUGUCCUUCCCGCUGUGGACUGGGUUAAAGACAAUCUGCAGCUUUUCAUUAAUAAGAGCUUAUUAGCAGCGCCGACCCUGAAGAAAGAGUGUUCGGAGCGGGAAGUGUUCAGCCGACUGUGGAUCUACAGUCACCACAUUUAUAACAAGUCAAAAAGAAAGAACAUUUUGGAGUGGUCAAAGGAGCUGGACCUGUCAGGAUUCAGUAUGCCCGGGAAGCCUGGUAUUGUAUGUGUGGAGGGACCUCAGUCUGCCUGCGAGGAGUUCUGGUCCAGAGUGAAGGUUCUGACAUGGAAGAAGAUCAUGAUUCGACAUCGGGAGGACAUUCCCCUUCAUUGUCAGGGCGAGGACAGCAGCACUGGUGAUAGUAUAGACUCCCUGCGCAAGUUCACAGGCUUCGAAGAGGCAAUGUUUGACCCCCAUGGGAACAGGGGUAAUCACAUGGACCUUGGGCAACUCUACCAGUUCCUAAAUGAGAAAGGCUGUUGUGAUAUCUUUCAGAUAUAUUUCGGCAUUGAAGGCAGGUAGUGGUCAGACCUAGAGAAUAAAUAUACAGUUAUUAGACUGCCGACUUGUCAUUGAAGUCACUUCUCCUGAAAAUAACUUUGAAUUGCCUUCAUUAUUCAUUUUUAUUGCCACAUGGAAGCACACAAAUUGAAUUCGUGGUCACACGUGGCUGAUAAAGUGAAAUAAAUUAGCAACCUUUUAUGGAUGAUACUCAGCCUUUACACCUGGGGCCCCGGUGGGAUAAAAGGCAGAUAGAACAUUUAUGCAAUUUGAAAAGCAACCUACUCACUCUUUUUAGUUAAUAGGUAUACUUUCCAAAAAAGAAACAUGAAAAAGAUUUUUAUCUGGUAUUUUUCUCUCAGACCUCAGUUAUAUUUGCAAUCACAACAUGCCGUAGGUGUUUCUUUCCUCAACCGGAAUCAGUUAGCAUUACCACCAUGCUAUUAUAGGAUUUUCAUGCCUGAUACCGCUUUAAUAAUUAGACAACAUGGUCAACAGUAGCUGGAUAUUGGUUUUUGAAAAUGUAUCCCUAUGAAUUAUAGAUAACAUGGCAAGUAUUUCUGUUAAUGAUUAGUUGCAAGAUAAAUUGUGCUUUAUUGUGGAUUACACUCAGGCAAUUAAAAAUGGUUAUAAUUGAACAUGAGUCUUAAUUUCAGCCCCCUAAGACUGAGAUGGAAAUUUUACAAACACGUUCAUUAAGAUUUUUAUGUUAAUCUUAUUUCUCCAGGGUCAUACCAAAUGUGUAUUAUUGACAUUUUUCCAGUGAUUCUAAUAACAUCCUCCAGUACAGUAAUUCAUAUUCUGCAUAUUUGAAAUGUUCACACAUCACUUAAACACGCCUGUCAUCUAAAUGCUGUGGAAAUACCACUGAGAAUCAAACUGGUUUCAGGGUUCAGACUUUUAAAAAUGAAUUGAUGGAAAAAAUGAAAACAAGUGUUUUCUGCUUUGCUGUCUUAUGAAGACUUUGAUCCCAGCCGUGUAAUAGACUCUGUGAAGUGUACUUCAAUAUAAUACUGUAUUAUGAAAGAAAAGAAAGACAGACAACAUGAACACAAAGCAGGGGACUGCGUGAGAAACCAGCAGAUGGCAGUAUUAUAUAACCCAAAUUAUCUAGCAUUGCAACCUCAGAAUCAGCUUUAUUGGCAAAGUAGUGUGUACAUACAAGUUAAAAAUUAAAAAAAGCGUAAAAACAGAAAAACUGUAUCAGAAUAAGCGCAGAAGCAGAUAUAUGUAAUGGAUUUGAACAGUACAUGUAAUUAAUGAAGAGCUAUUGUGUGAGAAUGGAUAGAUAACCUUAUAUGUUACCUGUGAUUUCAGAAUAAUAAGCUGCAUAACUUGAAUCUAAAAGCAAAAAUAAAAUAAAUGAUAUGUUUGAAUACAAUUUCAGCCUUUGAUCACAUAUGAACAUUAUAGUAACUGUCAUAAAUCGACCAUGUAGAUUAACCUUUAUGAUUUUAAUUGAAAGAUUCUGUGUGUAAGUGAUUCCAGAUUUUUUUUAAAACUCCUAAACAGUCCAGCCCUGUGUAAUGUCUCAUUUGUAUGUAUUUUUAAACCGUAUUUAUUAGGGUAACGCUAUCUGUGGAACACAAGUUAGAUGUAGACACGUCCAUGUGGAGGGAUUACAUCCUGAACAGAAGUUUAGUUCUGUUAUCCUGGGAGAUGCUGCUGAGCUGCUGAGCUGCUGGUUCUGUUGCCGGUGUGGUUCUGCUCGAUAUUCUCUUGUAAGAGUUCUAAUGGGCCAAGCGGAAGAACUUAAGCCCUAAGAAGUCUUGUGUUCACUGAGAAGAACUCGCCCCUAGGUGCAUCCACAUCUCCAGCUUGUCCCUUGGGGCGAGUCUAAUUCAGGAUGAGUGACCUCUUCUAACCCUUCAUUCUGCAUCUCUGGGUCUAAUAACCCUUCUUAAGCAUUUCUACAGGAAAGCUCAGGCUUUCAUCAUUCGUCCAUUGUGUGCAGCUGCAACAGCACAGCUACUUAAACUGGUUUUAUUGGAAAUGUUUACUUCUGACUAGUCUGAUUGUGGGCAGAGUAAUCACUGCCACGACGAUGCACAUAACAGUGUUAAUAAAGGUGAUCACUGGGGUACAGAUUUACAUUUUUUUUUAAGAAAUCUGUCAUAAUGUUCUUUCAAUAAAGACCUCUACAGCUUUUAUUCCAUGCA